AUGGGCGAUAUUGCGCCCGUGCGAACGCACGGAAGUACGGCCAAGGGAGCCCUCCAGGUCGAAGAAGACGUCUACAGAGAUGCUUCAGGAUCAGGGCCUGCGCAAGAUGGCGAAGUAGAGGCACAAGCGGCUGCUUCAAACAAAAGACCAAAGGCGAAGCAAACAUACAGCCACGCGCAUUUCAAAGUCUACAAGCGAAGAUGGCUUGGUCUUGCUCAGCUCGUAUUGUUGAACAUAGUCGUUAGUUGGGACUGGUUGACUUUCGCUCCGGUCUCGACAUCAGCAGCGACAUAUUUUGAUGUUUCCGAAACGGCAAUCAACUGGCUUUCUACUGCCUUUUUGUUCUCAUUUUCAGUCGCAGCUCCGCUUGUUAUUUGGACACUUCAUCGCAGCCCCAAGGAGAGUAUUCUUUGGGCCUCUGGCUUGCUCCUGGUCGGGAAUUGGAUCCGAUUUGCAGGCACUAAGGCCUCGGGCGGCGUCUUCGGCGUCGUGAUGUUCGGUCAGAUUUUGACGGGACUCGCACAGCCCUUUGUACUUGCUGCGCCAACGAGGUACUCAGACAUGUGGUUCACCGAGCGAGGACGAGUGGGUGCGACUGCGCUGGCCAGUCUAGCCAACCCAUUUGGUGGCGCUCUCGCUCAACUUAUCAACCCGCUCCUUGGCUCUGUUGACAAGAUUGUGUUGAUUGUCUCGAUCAUCGCGACCGUGUCCUGCAUACCCUCCAUCUUCCUCCCUUCCGCGCCCCCAACGCCACCAACAGCCUCGUCAAGUCUUUCUAGGACGCCCGUCCUCGAGUCGAUCAAGGUCAUGUUGCGAUCGCCUCCGUUCUACGUGAUACUUCUGACUUUCAGCGUAUACGUGGGCUUCUUCAAUGCCUUUUCCUCCCUGUUGAACCAGAUACUCUACCCGUACGGAUUCUCCGAAGACGAGGCUGGCAUUUGCGGCGCCAUACUUAUCGUUGUUGGCCUUGUGGUCGCGGCUAUCACUUCGAUUGUUCUCGACCGCACGCAUGCGUACCUCCUCGGCAUUAAGAUCCUCUGCCCGCUUGUUGCGUUGAGCUACAUGGCAAUGAUCUGGGCGCCGCAGACGAGGACUAUUGCCGCGCCGUACGUAAUCAGUGCGGUGCUGGGUGCAAGCAGUUUCAGUCUGCUGCCAAUCGCGCUGGAGUAUCUAGUAGAGAUCACGUUCCCGGCAAGUCCAGAAGUUAGCUCGACGAUAUGUUGGGUCGGAGGACAGUUCAUUGGAGCGUGUUUUGUGCUAAUCAUGGAUGCGUUGAAGGAUGGGAGGGCAGUGGAUUUGACUCAAGUCAACGACGGGGGCAGAAUCGAUAGUGGCGGCAACAGGCCGCCCGGAAACAUGUACAACGCACUGGUUUUCGAAGCGGUCGUGGGUAUGGUUGUCUUACCGCUGCCACUGAUGUUAGGAAUAAAGAAGCUGGGGUUGGCCAUCGGGGAGGGCAGAUUGACGGUUGAUGAGCACAGGGAAGGAGAAGUACUAGAGGGGCAAGAAAGCUGA